AUGGAUCACGAUCAGAUUAGACAGAACCAGGGGGCUGAGGCCAAAGACACCAAGUCGGACGGUGCCGCUGUCGCUCCCCAGUUCUCGCGCGAUGCCGUCUUCCCUGGCGAGGUCGUAGGUGAGGUCACCGACCUCAACCGGGCGGAUCUCGAGAAGCAGAAGGCCGCACAGGGAAGUGCUCACUUCCACCGUCUCGGCUGGAAGCGUCUCACCGUCGUCCUCAUCGUCGAGGCUAUCGCCCUGGGCAGUCUCAGUCUUCCCGGUGCCUUCGCUACUCUUGGUAUGGUCGCCGGUGUCAUCCUCUGCAUCGGUCUCGGUCUCGUCGCCAUCUACACCAGUGACGUCGUCGGUCAGGUCAAGAUCAAGUUCCCCCAUGUCUCCCACUACGCCGACGCUGGUCAGUUGAUGAUGGGUCGCUUCGGUUACGAGCUCGUUGGUGUCAUGUUUGCCCUGCAGUUGACUUUCCUGGUCUCCUCUCACACCCUUACCGGUGCCAUCGCCUUUGGUAACAUCACUGAGAACGGCGCAUGCUCCAUCGUCUUUGCUGUUGUCUCCGCCAUUAUCCUCCUCGUCCUUGCUAUCCCGCCUUCCUUCGCCGAGGUCGCCAUUCUGGGAUACAUCGACUUCGUCUCCAUCAUCUUGGCUAUUGGUAUCACCAUGAUUGCUACUGGCAUCAACAGGGACAGCAUCACUGGCGCGGCCUGGUCUGCCUGGCCCAAGGAGGGUAUCACCUUCGCCGAGGCUUUCAUUGCCAUCACGAACAUUGUCUUCGCCUACAGCUUCGCCAUUUGCCAGUUCUCCUUCAUGGACGAGAUGCACACCCCCAAGGACUACGUCAAGUCUAUCUGGGCUCUCGGUCUUAUUGAGAUCUUCAUCUACACCCUCACCGGUGCCCUCAUCUACGCUUUCGUCGGACAGGAGGUCCAGUCUCCCGCUCUGCUGUCGGCCGGUCCUUUGAUCUCCAAGAUUGCUUUCGGUGUCGCCCUGCCCGUCAUCUUCAUUUCGGGCUCUAUCAACACCACCGUCGUUGGUCGUUACAUCCACGGCCGCGUGUACAAGGACUCCAUCAUCCGUUAUAUUAACACCAAGAUGGGCUGGAUCACCUGGUUGGUUCUUAUUACCAUCGUCACUAUCUUCGCUUUCAUCAUCGCCGAGGCCAUCCCCUUCUUCUCCGAGCUUCUCUCCAUCAGCUCUUCCCUCUUCAUCUCCGGCUUCACCUUCUACUUCCCCGCCAUGAUGUGGUUUAUGCUCAUCCGUGAGGGCCCCUGGUACGCCAAGCACAACCUUGUCAAGACCGGCCUGAACGCCCUCGCCUUCGUCAUUGGCAUUGUCGUUCUUGUCUGCGGUACCUACGCCAGUAUCGUUGAGAUUAACCACAAGUUCAAGACUGGUGCUAUCAACAGCCCCUUCACUUGCGCUCCUGUCGGCUAA